CACGAUCGCAUGCAGAGAACUACCUCCGGACUGCUAAGCAUCACGGUGAGACGAAAAUGUCUCAUCUGCUGUCCAUCAACAAAUAUUGCUUCGUUUUCCAGAGUAACAUAGGAGUAUUAAUUAUGUUUUGGAAUAAUUCUCAUUACCACAUCUAGAUAAAUCCCAUCAUAUUUUAUUGAGUGUUGUUUUGAUUUGUUUCCAUACGAGGAGUCGGAGUACUUGCGCACAGGUGUGAAAAUGGCGACCAGAUACUUGGUGCUCCUUGCCUUGGGAAUUGCAGUGGUUACCCUUGCAGUGACUGUACAGUGCUGUCCUGAACAGUGUACUUGCUCAGAUAAAAACCCCCAUCACUUUGUGGACUGUGCAUACAAAGACCUUCAGCAGGUACCUAAGGGCUUGCCAUCCAAUGUGACCACUCUUGGCCUUUCAGCAAACAAAAUAAAAGUGUUGAAAUCCCACAAUUUUGUGGGUGUGACCCAGGUUACAUCUCUUUGGCUGGCUCACAAUGAAAUUGUCACCAUUGAAAGAAACAGCCUGGCAUCAAUGUUCCAGUUAAAGAAUCUGGACCUAAGCCAUAAUAAAAUAGUAAAUUUCCCUUGGGAGGACCUUGCUAACCUCACUGCUCUGCAGCUGCUGAAAAUGAACAACAAUGAGAUGGUUAAUCUGCCUAAGGAUGCUUUCACCAACUUAAAAGAUCUGCGUUCAGUUCGCAUCAACAACAAUAAGUUUACCACUAUUGCAGAAGGAACUUUUGAACCUCUUAUUUCAAUGUCACACCUACAGAUUUACCAAAAUCCUUUCACCUGUUCUUGCAAACUGGAAUGGAUAAAGGAUUGGAUUAUUAAGUCUAAAAUUUCCAUUCCUGAGCAGAACAACAUCCUGUGUGAGGCACCUUCCAAUUUAAAAGGUUUACAGGUCAUUCAGAUGCCAAAACUUGUAUGUCAGGCCCCAACUGUUACCAUAACCCCUGAACCCAACAUGGAAUACACAAGAAUCCCAGAGGGGUCUAUGGUCAUCUUACACUGUGAAACUAAAGGGAGUCCCAAACCUGAUGUUGAGUGGGAAGUAUUUGCAGGAAAUCAAUUAUUAAAAUUUCCUUUGCCCUCAGUUGUUGAAAAUAGUGAGAUUCCUAUUAAUGGCGCACUUCCUGAUACAAGAUUUCUCAUCUUUCAAAACGGAACUCUAAUCAUUCCUCAUAUGAGCAAAAAAGAAGAUGGAAACUAUAGCUGUUCUGCUACUAAUGACAUGGAUAAAGCUGAAAACACAGUGAAACUUGCAAUGGCUGUUACCAAAAAAGGAACCAACAACUCUGUGCUGAACACAAAAGAACGUAUUAGUCAAAUUGACAACAAGCCUGGCCCAGAAACAGGAAAAAAUAAUAUAUGGCCCAUACAUGAGAAGACCAAAAUUCGUCCAACUGGAACAGCACCAAUUACUGAACAAGUUAAUACUGAUACUUUCCCAUUUCCCAGUAAAUGUGGAAUAAGUGAUGGUACACAGUAUAUAUCUAAUCAUGCAUUUAACCUCAGCUUGGAUGAUCUUAAACAAUACACCUUUGACUUUGGGGUGAUUGCUUUGGAAGUGUCGGAGACUGAGGCAAAAGUCCAGCUUAAUCCUUUACAGAUGGCAAAUGCCAAAUCAAAUCUUCACCUCAACCAACCCAAUGACCAAGAAACUGUAAAUAAGGAACCGGUUACACUUUACCAGUCAUCAUCCAGAAAACCUUCCAUGGACAUGCUGUAUGUUUGUGUUAGCACUGGAAAUGGACAUUCGGUUGUUCAAUGGUCCAAGAUCGAGGAUGGUGUCAAUACAUAUCGUUUUCAAGGUUUAAAGCCGGGCACUAAUUACACUCUGUGCCUUACCUAUGGAGGCCAGGACUGCCAGGUUCAAGUUGUCUUCACGACAAGGAAGAAAAUCCCAUCAUUGCUCAUCAUUGUGGUGGUCAGCAUUUUCUUGCUGGCUCUGGCCACAGUGCCCUUGCUAGGAGCCACUUGCUGUCACUUGUUGUACAAGUACCAAGGGAAGACCUACAAACUAAUCAUGAAGACGCAGAAUGCAGAUCAGAUGGAAAAGCACAUAACAACAGAUUUUGAUCCGAGAGCCUCUUUUGUGGGAUCAGAGAAAAACUUAAAUGCAAGUGAGCUUGGAGAGGGAGAUGCUGAAGCUGAUAUGGAGGAAGGAGAAGGGGAAGGUGAGGAAGCCGAGGGCAGUGUGGUGACUGAGUCCAUUCCUGAGUCACAGUCCAAAACUCAGGAGGAGUUUGAAGUGGGCUCUGAGUAUAGCGACAGGUUGCCUUUAGGGGCUGAGGCAGUGAAUAUAUCCGAGGAAAUAAAUGGCAAUUAUAAAGAGCCACGCUAAAACCAACAGGGCGUAUAAUACUUACCUUUCGACCACAUUCCAAACCAGGUGAAAACCAAUGAGCACAUUACCAUACUAUUAUAAUACUCUGCAGAAGGUGCAUUAAUCCUAUUUUACCUCAGUUAUUUAGCAACAAAUGUAUAUAUUUCAUAUUUUUUUUAUAUAUUUUUUUUUUAAAUAGCCUAUCUUUACAAACAAAUUAAUUUAGUCCAACACACCUAACAAUAAGUUGUACUUUCAACUUAACGUUAAAUCCAUCACCUGGAAGACUUGGCAUUCCUGUAGUAUACUUAAGUAAGUCAGUGUGAAAUUCAUAGUAACAGUCAAUCACUUAUACAAUGUCCUUUAAAUGAAGGUUUUGUGUCCACCCUGCGGUCUGGAAAUACAACGAUUUAUUCAUCAGUUGUUCAGUCCUCGGUGCAC